UUGUUUUCCUACCACCAUGGUGUAUCUAUAUAAGUCUAUAUUCAAGACGCAAGUUGACACAAGUAUCACAACAUUAGAUAAGAUUUAAUUGUUACGAAGGGCCAAGUUUUUCCUUUAGAUGGUUCGCAACAAUUGUCCAGUAUGACAGAUGUGAGGAGUUUAAGAGAAGCUGUUGAGCAAUAUGAAAGUCAGCUAUCACAGGUGGACACGACACUGUCUACAACGCCCAAAGGCCCCGAUAGAGACAACUUGCUCAGCCUAAAAUCUGAUAUCGAGCAACUCAUUUCCUUGACGAGAGAAAGUUUGCAAAAUCUUGAAGGAGAGGUGGAAAACGAAAACGAAGACAAUAAUCCUGAUAACAGGACGGAUAAUCUAUUAGACAAAGAAUAUGCCUUAUUCAAGGCAGAGCUUGAGAAAUCUUCAGAUGACGUCCAAGAUAGACAAGAUGCCACUACUUUUUCUGAUAGCAUCCAAGAUGAGUUAAAGGAACUAGAGGGUAUGAAAUGUAAAGCUCCUCAUGGCAGUACUUGGGGUGGUAUUGGUUAUCACAAUGCUAUGGUGUGUUCUGUUUAUAGAGACAGUGACCAAGUGAUUAAAGAUAUCCAAGACAUUAAGGUUCGAGUUUUCUUUCUCAACCCAACGCACAAAGAGAUGAUCCCAUGUCCGUAUUUUCUGAACGGUAGCUGUAAGUUUUCUGACGAGAAUUGCCACUAUUGUCAUGGCCAAGUUGUGCCGUUUACAAGUCUGCAGGAGUACAAGGAACCUGAUUUCCACAACAUCAAAGUAGGAAGCAAGGUGUUAACUAAACAAAAGAACAAUAUGUGGCAAAGAUCUAUUAUCUUAAAAUUACCCGAAAAGGAUGAGGAUGAGUACAGGGUAAAGUUCGAGUCGAGCGGUAAAAUUUUGGAAGUUGGUUUACAAGAUCUCUUGCCUCUUGAUGACACAAACUUAGAAAUGUCAGAUACUUCUGAUGAUAGCGACGACGAUGACAAAGAUGCUAAUAAUAUUAAUAAUAAUUCCGAGGCUAAUCUAGGUGUAAAUAAUCAAUUAAUUCACAAGUCUCUUUUGACAUUACAAUCUAAUGAACCUUUGGGAAAUUGGGAGAGACACACUCGUGGCAUUGGUAGCAAAUUAAUGAUGCAAAUGGGUUAUGUACUUGGCACCGGUCUUGGAAAACUGAACGAUGGAAGAAUAGAACCUGUUGAAGCUCAAGUUUUGCCAGCAGGAAAAUCGUUAGAUCAUUGCAUGGAAUUGCGCGAAUUCGCUGGCAAUGAUAAAGAUUUGUUUUCCGCGGAGCGUAAAAUGCGUAAACAACAACACAAAAUGGAGCGGCAAAGGGAAAAGCAGUAUCAACGAGAAAAACAAAAAGAGGAUAGCAAUGUGUUUAAUUUUAUAAAUAAAACAUUAGGUGAUAAGCCUAAAGAAGAUGCAGCCAAUAGUUCGCAAAGUAAAGAUAAACUGAGAACAGAAUCCAACAGGAAUCUAAAUGUAGCCAGUUUUCAAAUUGGAGAAAACAUAAGUCGUUUAGAAAAGGAAUCGUCGAAGCUCAAAGAAUCAUUGGCAAAGCACGCCAAGGGUAGUGUACUUUACAAUAACAUUGUAAUGAGAUAUAACGAAAAGCAGAAAGAACUUACUAGUUUAAAAGCUUCCGAGAAAAGUAUUGUCGCUGAACAAAAUCAAAGGAAAAACAAGGCUAAAUUAUCUGUGUUUUGAUAUCUAUAUGGUAGCAUGAACGAGAUGUACAAUGCGGUGCAUUAAUUUGGUUUGGAUUGUAUCAUCAAACAAAGAGAGCAUCUAUGUUUAAAUAAUCAAGUAAUUUUUACCCAUCUUUAAUUAUUACCCAAACGAUGCACCGUCCUGCAUAUUAAUUAUGUCUGUAUAUAAAGCGAUCUAAAUAUAUUGUUUUAUUAAUG